CAGGAAUGUUAUCACUUAUUCUAUUCACAUUUGUGUCUCUUUGCGAUGAUCGAUAAUUGAGUCAUAUAUUAUACAUGUGUAUAUAUAUCUAUAUCUAUAUCGAUAUAUAUAUAUGUGUGUGUGUUAACUCGCACAAUAAUUCCGUUGUUAGAUCAUUUAGUCUAAAGGCAUGUUUGGAGAUGGCUUCUCCAGCAAGUUCCACUCUUGCAGAGAGGUUAUCGGCUAAUUUUAAUGAUAACGUUGCGUUGGUUUCACUAUGUAAGGACAUAGCCUUAGAGAUACAACUAGGAAAAUUAAAAUUAUCCACAUUUGUUGAAGAAUUAGGUUCUUUAGUAACAAAUAAGGAUGUUAGCGUGCGAGAAGGAGGAGUCACAGCACUUUCCUCAGUAUUGUCUCAGUUACCUAAUGAUUUUCUUAAUGAAUCUGAAUUACAUUUUAUCACAAUGUUCUUUUGUGAUAGAUUGAAAGAUCAUCAUAGUAUUAUACCAGUAGUUCUUCGUGGAAUUUUAGCAAUAGUUCAAAUGAUUCAUUUACCUCAUGACGCACCAGCUUGUUUAUUCACAAAAAUGUUUGAACAUGUUCAGUGUCAAUCUCAACUUUUACCAGAUCGUCGUAACAUCUACUUCAUCUUUAAAACACUAUUACAAAAUAGAUUAGAUGACUUGAAAAAAAUAGGACCUGAGUUUGUUUAUGGGGUUAUAUCUUCUAUCGAUGGCGAACGUGACCCUAGAAAUCUUAUGUUACUGUUUAAUAUACUUCCAAAUUUUAUAAAAGAAUUUCCAUUAGGACAUUUAGCAGAAGAAAUGUUUGAUGUUAUAUCAUGUUACUUUCCAAUAGAUUUUAAUCCUGUUGGAUCAGAUGUGGUCGGUAUAACGCGAGAAGAUUUGGCUGAAUCAUUAGCACCUUGCCUCUAUGCAACUCCCGAAUUUACAGAAUUUUGUAUACCACUUAUAUCAGACAAAUUAUCUUCCAAUCUUAAAGUUGCAAAAUUGGAUUCAUUGGAUUUGUUAUGUAAAGGAGCCUAUGUAUUUGGUGUGAACGGAUUGGAGCCAUAUCUUUCGGAACUUUGGCCUAUUAUAAGAAAAGAAGUUAUGCCUGGUGGAGAUCCAGAAAUAAAAAAUGCUACUCUUAAGACAUUGGCUGCAUUAAUUGAAGUUAUAUCUGCAGAUGAAAAAGUUCAUGAAACAUUUAUUGAAAAAAUAUUAACGGAUACUAAAACAUCUUUAUGUGAUGUACAACUUAGUUUAUUUAGACCAGCAGAAAAUUUAUUGGAGUCUGUAGCAAUGGUGAACAAGCAAACUUGUAUAUACGUAUUACGUGUCAUAGUGCCAAUUUGUCUUGGUCAAUAUUCUACUAAAAAUACAUUGAUGGAUAAAGUCAUCAUAAUGGAUGCUUUAAAUAAUUUUAUGAAAAUCUCUUCUGACUUAGGUUUCUCUAUCAAAAAUGUUCCAGAAUUAACUUGGACGGACAUUCCGCAACUGUAUUUUGAUGAAUUAUCAAAACAAUCUAUAGAGUUAAGAAUUAAAAUACUUGUUGGUUUGACAAUACAAAGAGCUUAUUUAAAAGAGACUCAUAGAAUUUUAUUAUAUGAUACUAUAUGUAAUGAAAUUGACACUGGUUGCGAAGAAAUGAGAAACAUUUGUCAUACAUGCCUGGCAGCAUUUGCUAAUUUAUAUCCAGAUGAAGUAUUAGUAUUGGUUCAGGAAAAACUUCAGAUUGAUAAAGACGAUAUAGAUGUAAAAAUUAAAAUUCGUAGAUUACAAGCAUUAUCUAUAAUUGCAAAGAUUCCUGAAUUAGCCAAUGAAAUAUUACCAAAAGUUCUUGCUAUAGGAAAUUCUCUUAAUUCAGAGAUAAGUCUUGCUGCAUUAAAGUGUAUCCAUAAACUUAUUUCAACUAGAAACAGUACUUCUGAUAUUCAAUAUUUUUUGUAUAAUGAAUGUAACAUCGUUGAUAAAUUAAUUUCGUUUACAACAAAUAUUUCUGCUGAUAAAUUAUCCCUUAUAUCAAGCAUUUGUCAAUGCAUUGUAAGAAGUCUUUCUGUUGAGGAUCAACAAAUAAUUACAGAUAAAUAUAUUGCUACUAUAACAAAUAACACUUGCGAAAAUGUCGUUACUGUGAUAAUCAGUCUACUUAUUUCUUUAAGACAAGAAGUUAAGUUAACACUUGAUGAUAGUUUAUUAGAAAGUUUAUAUAACUUAGCUAUCAAUAGUUCUAAUUCUAUUACUAGAACAAUGUCUUGUCAACUACUUUCUGUGGUACUAAACAAAAUGAAUAAUACAGAACAUUUUAAAAAUAGUUUGAUAUAUCUUCAAGAAAAAAUAAAGAAAAAUUUGGAAUCAACUUCUAAUGUAAAUAUUAAAAAGGCAACUGUUAUUUUACAUAUUUGGUUAACAAAAGCAGCAGUUACAAAAGGAAGUUGUAAUCUCUCUCAAGAUUGUCUCAAUAUUCUUACAGAAAUGCUCAAACAUAAUGAAGUAGGUGAAUAUGUAGCUCAAGAAUAUAAAACUUUAACAUGUAAAAUGGAAGAUACUUUAACAUCUGAAAACUUUUGUAAUAUAAAAAUUUUUUAUAAACAAAGAAUAUUUCAGCAUUUAUUACAGCAAAAUAAUAGUUUUUUCAAUAAUUCAAGACAAAAUUAUUUAAUUGCUUUAACUUAUUUAAUAGAAGAAAUGCCUACUGAACUAUUAUACAUGCAUUUAUCAGAAUUAGUUUUUCUUCUAAUUGAAUCUCUAUCUUUGGACAAUGGACAAUUGGUUCUCUCUGCCUUGAUAGUUUUAAAACUUUUGCUGGAUACAAAAAAUGAAAUAUUUGCAGAUAAAAUGCAAUGUUUUAUUCCAAAACUUUUGGAGUUAUCAACAUAUAAAUUAAUGGAUAUCAGAAUAACGGCUCUAGACUGUUUAACAAAUUACACAAAUUAUUCUGCUGUAUUGGUUAAUGUAUAUAAACCAAAUGUCUUAGAAAAGCUUAAGAUGGUUCUUGAUGAUAAAAAACGUUUAGUAAGGAAAGCUGCUGUAAAAGCCAGAACACGUUGGUUUUUAGUUUGUGCGCCCGGUGGAAUCAAAGAACAAUGAACUAGUAAAUAAUUUACACUGGUUGAAUUUAUUGAUCACAAAUUUUCAAGUAUAAAUUUAUAUAGUAUAAUAAAAUUUGUUAACUUGUUUUAA